AUGUCCAACAAGACCCCUAAAUUCCUGCUCAUCUGUCCCAAUCCGCCAGCUGAGCCAAACUUCUCAGCCUUUCCGCUGCUUGAGAUGGCUGGGACCCUCUGGAAAACUGGGCUUGAACUUGGCAUGCAGAGAGCCACGGGCGAGGGGGCACGUUGUCCCUCGAGCCAUGGGCAAGGGGACACGUUAUCCCUUGAGUCCUCCUUGCCUGUGGCCACUUGGGUAUCCCGAGCUCUUCCCGGCAGGAGGAAGGACACCAAGUUCUGCGCCUACCUGCGCCGGCUGCUGGGCAGCCCCUUCUUCGCCUUCCUCAUGAUCUGUAUCGUGUCGCUCAACGCCGUCUUCCUGGCCGUGGAGACCGACUACCGCCUCCGGCUCAGCUCCAGCACCUUCUUCGCGCUCACGGACUCGCUCAUCCUCUCCAUCUACACCAGCGAGUUUCUACUCAAGCUCUACGUGGACCCCAUCGGCUACUGGAAGGACGGCUACAAUGUCCUGGACGCCGUCAUCCUGCUCCUGGCCUUCAUCCUGCCCGCUUUCAGCUCGCCUCCGGCCCACUCCUGGGAGGUGGCCAAAGGCCUCCAGGCCCUGCGCAUCCUCAAGCUCAUCAAGUACAGCAGCGGGAUGCGGAUUGUCAUGAAGGCUCUUGGCCAGAUGGUGAAGACAGUGACGUAUGUCCUCAUCUUGCUGUUCCUACUGAUGUUUAUAUUUGCCAUUCUGGGGCAUGGUUUAUAUGGACAUCCUGAAAAUGGAGACACGGAAAACUGGGGCAACAUGGAGGCUGCCUUCUUCACACUCUUCAGUUUAUUCACUGUUGAUGGCUGGACAGACAUACAGGAAGAGCUGGAGAAUCAUGGGUUUACAAACAGCCACGUGUUCAUGAUUGUGUUCAUCUUGCUGGGGUUCUUUGUGUUCUUCCACAUGUUCAUUGGAGUUGUGAUUAUCAAAAUGCAGGACUCAAACCAGAAGUACGAACGGGAGUGCAAAGCAACGAGGAAGGCUGCAAUUUGGGCCAAGAAACAAGUACUCCUGAAAAAGCAGCAGGAGGAAAUGAGCAAGAUCACACAUCAGCGGAAAUCCAUUCAAUAUAGAGCCUUCAGUGAGAUGGUGGAUAACUUCAAGAAGACAUUGCACCACACGGAUUCCAUCAUCGUAGAGGAUUUUUGCGUCAGCCUCCGGUUUAUUGAUCUUUAUUUGACAGUCUUGGACCUGCAGGAUGAGUCAGUGGAGAGAUUACAAGAGCUACAUUGUGAAAUGCUUGGCGUAUUGAGCAGGAUCUUGGAAAGCAUGGAAGGAAAAUCUCAGCCACUGCCUGAGAAGAUUGAAAAAUAA